AUGUCAGAGUCCACACACCAAUCAAAACGAAAUGUUCUCGUUAUCGGCGCAGGCGGGGUGGGCACGAUGGCCUGCGUUGCGCUGGAGCGGUCUGGAAUGGCCUCGGUGACGGCUGCCCUGCGGUCUAACUAUGAAAAGGUCCUUCGAGAUGGAUUUGAGAUCGAGUCUGUGGACCAUGGAAAGCUGUCAGGCUGGCGGCCCAGUCACGUUGUGAACAAAGUGCCCCAUGUCUCGGCUGAAAGCCCAUUCGACUACGUUGUUGUCACACUGAAGACUAUUCCGGAGAUCAACAACAUUGUGGAAAUCAUCGCUCCAAGCAUCACGCCCAAUCGCACGACGAUUGUAUUGCUGCAAAAUGGCAUCUAUAUCGAGCCGCCGAUUAUUGAUGCUUUUCAGACCAACGUGGUCCUCUCUGGGCCGAGCUAUAUCGGCGCACAUCAGCACAACGGCCAUGUUAUACAUGAUGACCCCGAUCGCUAUCAUUUAGGCGUAUUCCACAACCCAAAACUCGACCCGGAAGAUGAGCGACGGAAUCUGGAAGACUUUGCCUCAAUCUAUAACGGAGCCGGCAUCGCCCACGCCACGAUCGUCGCCGACAUUGUGCAUUAUCGCUGGCGAAAAGCGCUAUGGAACGGAAUCUUCAAUACCAUGUGUGCCGUCACACAGCUGGACAACGCCGCGAUCCGAAGAUUCGGCGGAGAGCACAGUCUCAUCAGACCAGGAAUGGCUGAAAUGGCCAAAAUCGCUCAAGCAGAUGGAUACAACCUGGGAGACAAGGUUAUUGAUGAGAUGGUGGACGCCACACCCAUUGAGCUGUCGUUUCGUCCUAGCAUGCUCGUGGACGUAGAUAAGGGGAACCCGCUGGAGGUCGAAGUGGUUCUGGGAAAUGCUUUGCGCAUAGCUCGACAGAAAGGGGUUCAGACCCCGAUUCUAGAUAACACUUAUCGAUUUCUCAAGCUCGUUCAGGCGCGUCUGCUGGCUGCCCGGGGGUACAUCAGUGAGCCGAAGGAGCUGCCGACGGCUGAUUUUAUUUAA